AUUUUCAAGACUGAUCAGAUUUGCUCUUUUGACCAUAAAAGUCAUCAAAAGCCUGGUGUCCUAAAAAAUCUCUAAUAAUCCCAUUUUAAUCCAAUUUAACAGGCUGAACACUGUCGUAUUUGGCUGUCUAUGUCCAAGACUUUACUGCUGGGGUGUCAAAUCCUGGGCCUGGAAGGCCGGUAUCCAGCAUGUUUGAGUGGUUUCUCUGCUCCAACACACUUGAUUCACUAGUUGAGUCACCUGUGCAGCAGCUCAUCAGGCUCUGCAGAAGCCUGUUAAUCACCUGCUGAUUGGAAUCAGGUGUGUUGAAACAGGGUUAAAACUAAAACACGCUGGAAACCGGCCCUCCAGGACCAGGACUGCGUACCCCUGCUAUGGUUGGGUUGCUACAUUAGCAUGAAAUAAGUACACAUGUUAAAUAUGAAGUAGAAUCUUUCAUUAUUUCUUUUUCAGUCACAAAUAAGCGAAAGCCUUGACAUUUUUCAUUUUGAAAUCUAAAAGCGCUUGUUGGAAUGGUUAAACUUCAUGCAGGUUUAAACUAAAUACAUGCACAAGUCACCAAAUAUCUUCAACACAGCAUGAAUUCUGACUAACAUUACAACUUUUAUUCUUUACAAAGCUGCAGAAGUUAUAUACAUGUAGCCCUAAAAUGAAAUGUGCUGCUGUUAACAGCUGAUAUUCUUUUUGUACUGCAGCCCAGCUCCUCUUUGUUCUGCAGGGUUUAGUGUGUGUGGAAACACCCCUUACAUUUGGACUUUUGCCGGUUAUUUUGACGUGCUGCAUUUGCCUGCACAAAGUUGUCCAGGUUCAUCAGUGCAUGCGUGUCCAGUCGGUAAAGAAUUGGAAGUCAGUUUUGGAAAGUGCUUUCAUCUCUCUGAGGUUCAACGUCUUCAACAUACACUACAUUUAUGGCUUCAUGGGAGUCAGAAAUGACUAUUUUGGUGAACUGUGCUGCAUUACAUUUCUAAACUGACUUUUGUGUUUAUAAAUUAUUUCUAGUAAAUUAGAAAUAGUCAUUAUUUUGAUGUUUUUUUCUUUUCGUUAGCAAUAAUGGGCGAGUCAGUGUAGAUUUUGGCCAUCAUUUACCACAUAUGCUGCAAGAAAUUGCUUUUGUGCUUUUAGAGUUCUGGCAGAACCUCCCUAAUGGAUUGGAUCUUUGACAUCAGGAGACCUUCCAUAUUUAGAAACAAGCGUGAAUGGAGAAGUGGGUUUAAAGUUGGAUUCCUCAACACCCAUGUCACUCGGCACGUCGGUGCCGCUUACAGUAAACACUAGUUUUGUGUAAAUGUUGCUUUUAAAACCAUUCCUGGUGUUUUAUGGUGAAUCUAAUCCAGUUCUCGGCUGCUUUGGCAUGCACACGGGCUACAGCUGUCCUAUCACUCAAUGAUUCAUCCCAAAGCGCUUCUCACUCUCCAGCUCCAUCUUUCUCUCCCCAUCUCUGAAAAUGUCCUGCCCCCUCUUGCUUGCCCACCAGUCUCUCCAGUUAUUUUUACAAUGGAAUGUGCCUGGCUUUAGAUUUUUGUGAUGUUAGCAGGCCAGCGUCUCUCCUGUUACACAGCAAGACAUCACUGCUAAUUUUAGCUGAGCCCUGAAUGACUCGCCCGCUGCUCUCUGCUGAUCUGGGAAUCAGGCAAAUUUACAUUUCACACAUAAAUACACAUUUAGGAUAAGUAGUAUUUGUGUUAUUUGUAGCCAGAAAGGCUGACCUCCAUGCUUAAUUGUGCAACAUCUAAAGAAUUCAACAUUUCAGCUCAACAGCUGAUAUGGAUUUUAUUCAAAAAGCUGCACAAGGCUUGUAGAGUAAUGCUGCUGAGCAACUUGGAACCCUAGAAGUGACUGAGGCCUCAGCCCAGUGUGUUUGGAAAAUUUCCCCUCCAUGCUGUCUUCUUUGAGAACGACGGUGAAGGAACAGGUGUAAACAUAAUUUAAUUGUGGAAAUCCCCUUCAUCGCCAUGUUUUAAUAGGAGGUUCAAAACAUUUUCAGUUAAUUUUUUUUAUUUACUGGAAAAAGCAUCAAAAAGGGUCUGUCAAGAUAGGCAGCAAAUCUGCGGUACUUAAUUCAUCAGAUUAUCACAAAACCAAAAUAACUUUUACCUUGCCACCGUCGAUACAGACUAGCGUAGAAACAACACAUUCUGGUUUAAGCUACAUAAAGUAUGUCAAAUAAAUACAUAGAGACAUUUAGUUUUAAUCUCAAAGAGAAAUGCAAUGCUCUAUUUUACUGAUCAGUCACGAGCUAAGCAUGGAGGGACAGUGCUGCUUUAAAAGCAGGGAAAAGCCGCUAAGGAAGCCUGGAGAUCCGAACACGUAAUGAGCUCAAAUGAACCAAACCUUUUUUUUACUAAUAUCAUUAAAAAGAUUAUUUUUAUAAAAUCGUCGUUAUCCGUUUUUGCAAAUGAAAAUUGUGCCAUGUGAUGUGCAUGGGGCUCAUAACAGAAAGCAAUGCCAUUUGUUUUCAUCAGUCACGCACAGCCAACGUGUACUGCCUCCAUUUUGUUAUCUCUGCUUAUUAAACACCAAAGUCUUCUUUGAACAUGUUUGCAAAGUGAAAAAAACGAUUUUAGGAGCAACGAUGCCAGAGGAGUUAAAUGCCAGCCCUGUGACCAGAGGGUUGCAGUCUUUGUGUCCUUGGGCAAGACAUCUAACCCACGGUGCCUGCUGAUUCAAUUCAAUUCAAUUCAAUUCAAAAAUACUUUAUUAAUCCCAGAGGGAAACUGAUUGCUGUAGUAGCUCAGAAUAAUAAAAAUAAUCAAGUCAUCAAAGAGUUGUUGUAUAUUACAAUGGCUGUUGGCAGGAAGGAUCUCCAUUAGCGGUCAGUGUUGCAGCCAAACUGAAGAAGCCUCUGACUGAAGACACUCUUCCGUUGUCGGACAGUCUUGUGAAGAGAAGGCUCAGGUUUGUCCAUCAUUUUCUUGAUUCUCUGGAGAAUCCUUCUUUGCAUCAUCUCCUCCAGCGGUUCCACAGUCGUCCCCAGAACAGAACCAGCCUUUGUUAUUAGGCUGUUGAGCCUUUUCAGGUCCCUGCUUCUGAUGCUGCUACCCCAACAGACGAUGGCUGAAGAGAUUACACUCUCAACAACAGACUUGUAGAAGACCUGCAGCAUCUUGCUACAGACAUUGAAGGACCUAAGCAUCCUCAAGAAGUGCAGUCUGCUGUGUCCCUUCUUGUAAACGGCUUCGCUGUUCUUUCUCCAGUCCAGUCUGUUGUCCAGGUGAACUCCAAGGUGUUUGUAUUCCUCAACCACCUCCACUUCUUCUCCCAUGAUGGAAACAGUGUUUGACUCCACCCUGUUUCUUCUGAAGUCUAAAAUCAUCUCCUUUGUUUCGUUCACGUUCAAGGUCAGAUGAUUGUUUCCACACCAUGCCACAAAGCGCUCCACCAGCUCUCUGUACUCAGCUUCCUGUCCAUCUCUGAAACACCCGACAACUGCAGAGUCAUCUGAGUAUUUCUGUAGAUGACAGGUCUCUGAUUUGUACUGGAAGUCUGAGGUGUACAGGGUGAAAAGGAAUGGUGAGAGUACAGUCCCCUGUGGUGCUCCAAUGUUACUGAUCGCCUGGUUUGAUGUGCAGUUCUUCAGCCUCACAAACUGUGGUCUGUUUGUCAGGUAGUCUUUAAUCCAGGCGAUAGUUGAGGCCCCCACCUGUGUCUUCUGGAGUUUCUGGCAAAGUACAUCAGGCUGGAUUGUGUUAAAUGCACUGGAGACAUCAAAGAACAUGACCCUGACAGUACUGCCUGCUUUGUCCAGAUGACAGUGGGUUGGUUGAAGCAGCUGGAUGAUGGCAUCUUCAACUCCAACUCCAUGGCGAUAAGCAAACUGCAGCGGGUCCUGAUAUGUCCUAGUUUGCUUAUUCAGGUGGACCAACAGGAGUCUCUCCAGGACCUUCAUGAUGUGGGAUGUCAGGGCAACCGGUCUGUAGUCGUCAUUGACUGAUGGGCGAGUUUUCUUUGGAACUGGAACAAGGCAGGAUGUCUUCCACAGGACUGGAACCUUCUCCUGGGCCAGGCUGAGGUUGAAGAGGUGCUGCAGAAUCCCACAGAGCUGUUCUGCAUAGGCCUUCAGUACUCUGGGGCUGACACCAUCUGGACCUACAGCCUUGUUCCUGUUCAGUCUCUCCAGCUGCCUCUUCACCUGACUUCUAGAGACAGAUCAGUGGGAGGGGGAGGUAACUGGGGCAGCCAGCAGCAUCUCCUGACUUGGUUGAAGACAGAUUCAUAGAACCAGAAGAGGCCAUGACUGCGUUAGAGGACAAAUGAGCUGGCAUGUGACAGGAAAAUGUUGGAUCUGAGGAGGAUGGGAUGUCUGAUUGGCUGGGGACAGGCGAGGAGGAUGCUGGGUUUGUUCCUGAACUGAACCUAUUGAAGAACUUGUUCAGUUCAUUGGCUGUGUCCAGGCUGCCAUCUGUGCAAUCCUUCCUCUGCUUGAAGCCUGUGAUCUUCUUCAUCCCUGACCAGACAUCUCUGAUAUUGUUCCUCUGUAGUUUGUUCUCCAGCUUCUUCCUGUAUGCCUCCUUGCUCUCUCUGAUCUUGAUCUUCAGUUGCUUCUGUAUACUCCUCAGUAAUACCCUGUCUCCUUCCUUGAAGGCUCUUUUUUUCUCAUUUAGCAGAUUCUUCAGUUCACUGGUGAUCCAGGGUUUGUUAUUAACGAAGCAUCUCACUGUUCUGGUGGGUAUGAUAUUGUCCACACAGAAGUUUAUAUAGUCAGUGACACAUCAAGUCAUGGCAUCGAUGUUCUCUUCAUAUCCUUGGCAGAGAGUCAUCCAAUCUGUGGUCUCAAAACAACCCUGCAGGACUUCUUCAGCGUCCUGUGACCAUUUUCUCACAGUUCUUCUUGUCACAGGUUGCCCCUGAACAAGUGGUUUGUAUUCUGAGCAGUGAAAAACAAGAUUGUGAUCCUAUUCUCCCAGAGGAGGUCUUGUUUUGGACAUGUAUGCGUUCUUUACAUUUGCAUAACACAAAUCCAAUGUCUUGUUUUCUCUGGUGGAGCAGCUGACGAAAUGUUGGAAGUGUAGCAGAGAGUGAGGCAUGAUUAAAAUCACCAGAUAUAGCCACAAAUGCAUUGGGGUGCUGGGUUUGUAGCUUAGCGACAACGGAACUGAUGGCAUCACAUGCAUUUUCAGCAAUGGCUGAAGGUGGAUUAUAAACGGUUGCCAAGACAACACUGGUGAACUCUCUUGGCAAAUAAUAUGGGCGACAACUUACUGCCAAGAGUUCAACAUCUGGGCCGCAGAGACGACAUUUCACUGAAACAUGACAUGGAUGGCACCAUCUGUUGUUGACAAGCACUGCCACUCCACCUCCUUUUCUUUUACCGCUCCUCUUCAGAUCUCUGUCUGCUCGUACAGUCAGGAAUCCUGGCAGAGAGACGCUGGAAUCGGGGAUAUGGUCCUGCAGCCACGUCUCAGUGAAACACAUAACACUGCACUGCCGAUACUCUGGCUGAGUCCUUGAAAGGGCUUGGAGUUCAUCCAUCUUGUUGGCCAGUGAUCUCACAUUGCCCAUUAUGAUCGAUGGAAGAGAUGGUUUGAAUUUCCUCUUUCUCUGUCUCCGUUUUGCUCCCGCUCUGCACCCUCGCUUCUUGCGUUUUAGCUCAUUUGGGAUUUGUGGCUUCAGUUGAGGUAUUAUUUCAGCCUUCCCAAUGUUAAUCAGCUGCUCACGAUUGUAAACCAGAUUGUUGCCAUGGUUACGCAUCAUAACAAAUGCUCAAAAAGUGAAAAAAGUGAAAAAAUAGCAGUAAAAAUCCUCCAAGCUUCACAGCACCAGAAACAGAAAAGUAAAAUGUCCAAAAGAAUACCGUUUUUCUUGAGAAACUAGAAGAAAAAAUGUCCAAGAAAAGGCAAAACUUACAUACAGUCAACAGAGCUACUCCAACAUGCAGCCACCCAGAGCAGCGCAGUUCCGGAAGCUCUGGGUGGCUGCAUGGUGGUCACAGGGACUGGUGGCGCCUGUACUUGGCAGUCUCGCUUCUGUCAGUGUACCCCAGGGCAGCUGUGGCUACACUGUAGCUCAUCACCAUCAGUGUGUGAAUGUGUGAGUGAAUGGAUGAAAGAUGCACUGUAGUGUGAAGCGCUUUGGAGUCCUCUGACUCGGAAAGGCGCUACACAAGUGUGGGUCAUCACUUAUUUAUAAAGUGCCUUGGAGGGUUGUAGAACCGUAGAAAGCACUAUAUCAAAUAAAGGUCUUUAACCAUUUUAUAGCUUCAGAACAGGGAGGGUUAGAUACUCCUCCUGCUGUGUGGUUAACUUUAUUGAAUCGAUGACUACUUCUGGAUUUAAACAGGUAGAGAGACAAAUGAUCAAGAAAACAACAAAAAUGUUACACAAUAUUAGCUUUACUCCCUCUACCAGAGCUUGGACACAUACCAUUCUUCCUUCUGUAUCUUUAACUUCUUUAAUCAAUGAAAAUCGAAUACUUCUUUUAAUAAGUAUAACUACCCCAUUGCGAGCACUCGAAUAGGAACUAUGAAAAAUAUGAUAAUGUCAGGAAACUGCUGCAUUUAAUGUGGUUGAGUCAGUCAAAAGAUGAGCCUGUAGCUGCCUUCUCCUUGGAUGCAGAGAAGGCUUUUGAUAAAGUUGAAUGGGGUUUUCUUUUUUCUGCUUUAUCAAACUUUGGAUUUGGGUCACAAUUUAUAAAUUGGGUUAAAAUAUUGUAUAAAGAGCCGAGGGCGGCAGUUAUAACCAACGGAAUUAUUUCACCUUUUUUCGGUUUGUCACUUGGGACCCGACAGGGGUGUUCUCUCAGUCCUCUAUUAUUCAUUAUAUUUAUAGAAACGGUAGCUGUGAGUAUUAGGUCAAAUAGUGAUAUUAAAGGUAUAAGAACGGGCCAAGUUGAACACAAAUUACUUCUUUAUGCAGACGAUAUUCUAACAACGAUAACUAAUCCACUUACAUCUUUACCACAUUUAAUGGACACUCUAGAAUCCUACUCAAAAGUUUCUGGAUAUACAGUUAAUUGGUCCAAGUCUGAGGCUGUGCCAUUGUCGGGUCUGUGCUAUUCACAUAUGGUGGAGAAAUUUGAAUUUAAAUGGACACCUAAAGGCAUGAAACAUUUGGGGAUGCAAUUAUGCCAAGAGCUAGGUGAACUGCCUUCACUAAAUUUCAACCCAGUGUUGUCAAAAGUUAAAACAAAUUUUGAAAAGUGGGAGGCAUUAACAACAAGGGUGAACACGCCUGUGUGUUUUCUUUUGUUUUUGUAUGUUGUUGUAUGUUAUAAAAAAUCUGAAAAUAAUAAAAACUUUAAAUAUAAAAAAAAGAAAACAACAAAAAAAAAACUUCUGCUAUCCUUGAAAAGCUUUAUUAAAUUAAAUCAAAUAAUACUUUAUUAAUCCCAGAGGGAAAUUAGAGUUUCAGUACACACAACGUCUGCUAAAUACAUAAACAUAAACAUAAACAAUUCUGAGAUCAUUCAUACAUACAUACAUACAUACAUACAUGCAUACAUACAUGACGAGAAUUGGUGACUGUGGUCAUUCUCAACCCGAGUCGCACUACCGUAAUAGAUCAAUUAAAUUCAAUUAAAUUCAAAGAUACUUUACUAAUCCCAAGAGGGUUUAUAUGAGAAUAGAAUCGGGGGGAGGGGGAAAAAGGCACUUCAGUGUUACUCUCACCCGAGAGGGCAGCUUUGCUGUGCAAAAAAACACCUCAGACAGAUAUGCACACACUUCAGACAUUAUACAACAUAGGUGCCCACUAGGUGGGGAGGUAGGGUUGGGAUUCUCACUUCGGUGUGUGCAGCCGCAUGGAGCAGCGCUUAUCACCUCCAUUUGGACAGGGGAGGGAGAUUAAUGGGUUGGAGAGCACAGUGACUCCUAGAUACGGUUCCACGGCCUUCACCGGUCACAGUCCCGCCCAGGCUGGGAGAGGGAGAAAGAGUUGCCUAGCGACGGCAGCAUUCCACAUUUCUUCUCAGGGGGGAGUUUUUACUUCAGCCUCACAGGUUCCAAGUGUACCAGAUUCAGAUAAGGAUUGUUUUGGGGACAGACAGAGAUAAUUUCCUCUCUGCCUUAGAAUUCUGUUGGUCAUCAACCCCUCUAGAUCCAAUAAUGGCGUAAUUAAUCUAUCCCGAUCCGUGCUGAUCCAUCAACUCGCUCCUUGAUGGAAUCCACUUUCUGUGCCAGAGCCUGAAUCUCAGCCAAAGUUCCAAGCUUACGACUCAUCUCGACAAUUAUAUGAGUUUGUGUGUUCACAGCACGAUGCAUUCCAUCCCUGAGGUCCGGGAUUGAGCCAAUAUUCCUCGAAAGCUCGUUAAUAUUCCGGUAAGCCAGGUAACCGCUCAGGCCAAACAGCAGGAAUCCUGACACCAAAACCACGAGUAUUCAGACAUCUUCAGAAUCCUCUACAGACAGUUGGGAGAAGCAGAUCGGGUUCCACUGUUUCCAGGAGUCCAUGAUAUGCCCAGCUGGCUCUGUCCCAGAGGGGCAUCUGGGAGCCCCUUCUCCUGUUCUCAUUGUUGAAAAAAUUUUGUCUAUCGCGUUGAGAUACCAGCUGACCAGAUUCAUUUUUAAUAAUUUCCUGUUUCCAGAAAAAUCCAGAAAAAAUGCAGAAGCACCGUGCACACAAGACAGGACAAAGAGCCUUGGGAUAAGAGGGAGGGAGAGGAGAAAAAGGCGUCUGUACUCUCCAAGAGCCGGAAGCAAUGUGAAUGAAUUCAAUUCAUGUGUUGAUCAGGGGCGGAUUUAGGACUGAAGAAGAUCCGGGGCUUAGCACACACACGCACACACACACACGUGACACGCACUAGUCAACAUCAUACACAUGUGUCUUGUACCACAUAAUUUUUAAUCUGAAGCUACAUAUUAAGCAUAUUCAGGGCAGAGUAUUGUUCCUGUUAGUGUUUAGUGUGAGAUGAUAGUAAAUAUUCCCGUUCUUUCUCCAACAACUUUACCUGAUAGUAAGCUAACUUUAGGCAAACCAGCAGCACAACAAAUAUUUUCAAAUAAGACUCACAAACCUGAGUCAGCACCAGUCUCAUCAAAGCUGGGGAUCUGUCGCCGUACUUUUGGUCUAAAACACGUCCUUAUGUCCAUCUUCACUCAUGCGUUUCAGGCAGAGAGUGUAGAAGAAGCCGGCUGCUGAAGGGCUUCUUCUUCAGUGGUGGAGGCUCAGGCAGGCUGUAUACAAACUACUGCCAGCUGCUCCCUCUCUGUUGGACUUUGGUACUGCAUGUUACUUCCGCGAUUUAGAUCCGGGGCUUUUCAUGAAACAUCCGGGGCUUCAGCCCAAGUAGCCGGGCCUAACGCCGCCCCUGGUGUUGAUGAUGUUCUAAGGAUUUAGCGCUCACAUUGUUAUUGAGACAUUAAAGCUGUUAAAGCCAAUCUGCAAACUAUGUGUAAGCUAGGUUUUCAACGCAAACAUGGUCACAGAACAUUCACCCCUCCCCUCGUGUAUCGUCCUUGAGACCUUUCUGCUGGAACUGGAAACCCACUUUACCACAGUAAACGAGAGAGCGCUAAACUUCCUCCCCACUUACGGCAGACUCGCUUCUGUCAGUGCGCCCCAGGGCAGCUGUGGCUACAAUGUAGCUCAUCACCACCAGUGAUGGGAAUGUGUGUGUGAAUGGGUGAAUGACUGACUGUGUUGUGAAGCACCUUGGGGGGGUUCCAGGACUCUAGAAGGUGCUAUAUCGAAUACAGGCCAUUUACCAUUUAAACACCAGUCUGUUUAGGUCCCAACGUCUUUUGUUGUCCGUGACUUCAAACGGUGUUUUUCUUUUUGGGACUCUGGUAGUUUGCCCUACAGUUGAAGUGGCAGCAGCCGGCUGUUUCUCCUUCUCUGAUAUUAUUGAGCGGAGAACCUGUCGCACCAGUGGUGUUCUGUUGCUACAUAUGUAGGUGUGUGAUGAGUGGAGGACCCAGGGAAGUGCGGCAGUUCGGCGAGACCCGACAACUUGAUGGUCCAAUAGUUGCUUUUGGUCCAAAACGCGUUAUUAGCAAAAAAUUUUAGACAAAUAUAAGUGAACCAUUUUAUUAAUUUAUUUCACUUUUUUAAAGUUCCACUAUAUAUUUAUAGCUAUGAUGUGUUAAAACGUUGUUAAGGGGCAUGAAAAAGUGUUUUAAGCUAAUUUGUUUGCCAAAUUUACUACUGCAGCUUUGAAAAGGCAUAUUCCAUUAGAUCAAUUCCUUAUUGCCAAAAUAAAAUAAAAUUAAUGCCGAGAUAAACACCAAAACAUCCCAGCAUGCCGAGGUUAAUGUCUCGGUCACACAGUGUGGAAAAUUAGACCAUGCACAUGAAUUAGUUGCCAUGGAGACACAAAGACACUCUCAUAUGACCUGAGAUUACACAAUCUACAAAUCAGCUGGUGUUUCGAACCUUAAUGCUUCUCGUUCUUUUGUUUUCAGCUAUUUUAAUGAGUUUUUUUUACUUUUUAAGUAGCUUUCAAAUGAGCUGCUUUUAAAAAAGCACAGCUUUAUUUAUAGUUGCAGGGUGUUAUUUUGUUACUUAGCACAACGUGAUUCUGUGGGAACUGAGACGUCACCGCGAGCGUCACUAUUUCUGUACACUGAUUUAUGUUCAGUGGUGGAAGGAGGCAGGAUAUCUUUUAUGUUUUAUCAGGAUUGCUAAUUAAAUUUAAAUCCUGAUGAGAUUUACAGAAUAUUCUACGGAUCACGUUAAACUGAUCCGACAUCAGCAGCAGUUUAAAUGGUUGUGAGGAUAAUUGUUACAUAGUGAGGGCUGAGCACAGCUUGUGUAGUCAGCCAGUAACACGUUUGCUGAGAGCUAACAGCUUCUACCAAUGCAGAGGAGUGAGGAGGACUCCUUUGCAGUGAAUCUCCCCCUCUUCUUUCAGCUGACAACACCACAUUGGCUCAUUACACCAGUAUGAGAAUAAGACAACUGGGGAGGAAGGGAACGAUGAGAGAUGUCAACCAGUGCUGUAGAACACUGAUCUCAGGAGGGCUGGAUCACUCCCACUGGUUUCUCUGCCUAUCGGUGUGCUCUGCCUGUGGGGUGGAACGCGGCGAGGGAAGAUGCUUACACUGCCGCUGGCUAUUGUGUGGACACAGGGGCUCCCUCAGAGUGGAUGAUAUGAAUUCAACAGACGUUUCCACCUGCGGAUGGAGGUCUGCGCUCCACGCUUUUCAGAAAUGGAUCCCCUCAAAGGACCAGCUGCGACUCUGACUUGUUCAGGGACAAAGUGCCUCCUUUUUAUUCUUCUUUGCAUUUAAAUGGGGAGGAUUUUUGCCCGUUUGUUUGCAGAGUUUGAGCACAUCAGAAACUGAUCCGUAUGCAUGCAAAAUGUCCUUAUUUAGUUGAAUAGUAGUGGCUCGGAACCCCCAGUGCGUCUCGGGGAAUACCCUGCUGUUGAACCUGAGCCAAGGCAAAAAUCAUAAACGUAUACCUUCGGAGGACAAACCAAGAGUGGCCAUGAAAUCAAAUCUGACCAAAGAAAACGUCAGAUUCUGAAACAACAGAGGAUGAAGGUGGAGAAGAAUUUGAGACCAAAGAAGAUGGUGGCGAUGUUGAGGACCAGGCUGUUCCUAAUGUGAUGGGCAAAUCUGGUGAGGACAUGAUUAGAACACAAGGACAAGAAGACUACUCCAGCAGAAGCCAGUCAGAAGAUUUUUCAAGAGAAUCUUUCCCGCAUGUCCUUCCACCACCCUCCCCAAGAAUGGUCAAACGCACUUCCACUUCUCCAAUGCCAAGCCGCUCUGGUUCAACUACUCCAGUCAGCUUGCGUAAAAAAGUUGUUGUGCCAUCGGAAUAUCAAGACACAGUUCCCGGGGAGUUUGAAGAAAAGAUUCGACAGCCAAAAAGUGUGUCCCAAGGAGGUACUCAGGAUUCCAGACCACAGACUCCACUGAGUGAGUGUUCCCGGAAGGAGUUUGCUCUGAGACCUUCUCCAAAGCUUACAAGGGCAAGUUCGAAGGUUUUCGAGAAGGUCCGUGGCUUGGAGGAGCGCAGACGAAGUCUUGAUAUUCCAGAAGGAUCUAUCUCAGGAAGAUCAUGGGCAGGCUUCAAUCAUGCUGGAUCCGUAGAUUCGGACGACGGUGGAAGCCGGUUGGGCAUCUCCCGAGAAAGUUCAAGGGAAGAUCUUAGGGAGGCUCUUAAAGAGGAUGCUGCUGAACGAAGAUCCAUGUUUAGACAAAGGGCUGCUUCACUGGAAGAGAAACCUCGCUACUCUCAAAAAGUUCAGGACAUCGAAAACAAGUUCACGGAGGAGCUGCACCGCAUCAAAAAACUUGUUGGGAAGCCCCAUCUGAAAAAAUCAUUUUCCACAGAACAACUCACUCUGAAGGGUAAACAGUGCCAACCUUUUAGAAAAAUCGAACCAAUUCCUCCACAAGUCCUACAAAAACUACAGGAAAGGGAACGGGUACAGUGGGUGAAGGAACAAAGAGAGAGGGAAUCAAGUCCCCCACUGGUGCAGCAUAAACAAACACAAGCACUGCAGCAAUUCCACCUUCAAAAAUCCGUGAACGCCGGCUCAACAGAUCUAACAGCUGGCCGAGAGGCUGCUGGGCCCCCGGAGUCGGUGCACCUAUCUGACUUACCAGGACAACGAUCAGUGAGAGAGUUAAACAGAGUCAGUCCAGUGAUAGAAAUCGUUCAGAGGUCAUCCUCACCGGCAUUACGUCAACAACAAAGGGAGGAGUUGCCAAAUGUUGCAAUGACAUUACGGAAAGUUGAACGAAGGCCACCAAGUCCGCUGGUUCAAAGAGUAUCUCGAAUGCAAGAAUCCCCACACUUUCAAGAAUCUCUUGCACAAACAACCCAAAGGGAGGAGAAUUCAGGGAGGAAGACACCAAUGGAAGUGGUAGUCAGGAAAAUAGAAACUAGACCUGAAAGUCCUCUAGUACAGAAAAGGACCGUCAUCACGCAAGAUAUUUCUCUUCAAAGUCCUUUGAAACCUCCAAGGACAGCUUCAGUCAGUCCAACAGAGGAACAAAUGGAAGUGCAGCCUUCCAGACAGAUUUUAAAGUUAAAAGUCCCCACAAUUAUUGUUGAGGAGGAAAGGAUGGAAGAGGAUGUUCCUAAGAAGGCAAGUGAGCCCCAGCAGAUGAGUGCUGGUUCCAAAGAGCGAAAACAACCAAAGGCUAAAGGAAAAGGCCGUCACUCUCGACCUUUGUCCCCAGAGUUAGAUUCCUCAGAUGAUUCUUACAUGUCUGCUGAAGAAGACCCAAUGGAGGCUCCAGUGUUUGAGUUUCCCCUUCAGGACACUGUAGCAUCUGCUGGGGCAGACGUGCUACUCAAAGCUAUAAUUGCAGGAACCCCUAGUCCUGAAGUCACUUGGACAAAGGACAACAUUGAUGCUUCAGGAUUCGCACAUUGUCUAGUAAAAGUGGAGGGUGAACGACACAGUUUGCUCAUAAAAUCAGCAAAAACAAGCGAUAGUGGAAAAUACUGUGUCAGUGCAGUUAAUCAGGUGGGAAGAGCAUCCAGCAGUGCCACUCUGUUAGUUAAAGCAGAGUCUGUGCUCGAGCCAAGAGGAACUCUGGGCGUUCCGAUGGAGAUCAGCAGCCCCAUCACAUCUGAUGAGGAGUAUCUGAGUCCUUUGGAAGAGGCCAUGGACUUUGGAGUCCAAGAGACAAGACGAGCUAUUGACACACGAUUCAGAGAGCCCCCUUCAUUUCUGGCAACAAUAACGGAUCAAGCUGUCAUUGAAGGACAGGAAGCCACCAUGACUGUUCGAAUAAGUGGGCAACCCAAACCCAUGCUUUACUGGCUGAGGGACCGAGUCACUGUUAAAAGCGGCCCACGACACAUUGUGCGUGAGACGACAGACGGCACGUUUGAAAUGACCAUCAAGUCAGUAGCGAGGUCCGACUCCGGGAUUUACACGUGUAGGAUCAUCAACGAGUAUGGCACGAAGCAGUGUGAAGGAAGGCUGGAGGUGAAAGCCCCUCCAGUUGAGCCAGGUCUGGCUGUUGUCCGCCCAGUCAGGGACAUCACAGCAAAGGCCGGGGACACGGUUCUGUUUGAGUGCCACAUCACUGGACCUAAGGACACUGAUGUGGACUGGCUUGCAGAUGGGAAACUCAUCCAGCCGGCAUUGCUCAACUGUAAGAUGCACUUUGAUGGAAGAAAGUGCAGGCUGCUGCUCAACUCGGUUCACGAGGACGACAGCGGGACGUACAUGUGCAAGCUCAGCACAGUUUUAGAGGAAGUGACAUCAUCUGGUAAACUCAAAGUCAUCCCCUCCCUUGAGCCUCUCUUUACUCGUAAGCUGGAUGUCCUGGAAGUGAUUGAGGGACGGAAUGCUCGAUUUGACUGCAAAGUCAGUGGAACGCCACCUCCUACGGUCCUCUGGAGUCAUUUUGACCAGCCCCUGAUAGAAAGUGAAGACGUUCGUGUUCUCCAGGAAGGUGGGCGCCAUUCGCUGAUUAUUUCCCAUGUGACGAGUGACGAUGAGGGUUUCUACACAGUCAGAGCUUGUAACAGUCAUGGUGAGGCAGAGAACUCUGCUGAACUCUACAUACAAGAACCACGGCCAGCCAUCUCCUCUCAGAUGGCCAAGCUGGAGAAGAUGCCAUCAAUCCCAGAGGAGCCAGAGGUCCCGGAAAACGAGGUGGAGCGCUUUUCGAUGCCCGAUUUCAUCAAACCUCUUUACGAUCUGGAUGUGAUUGAAGGAAAAGAGGCUGUGCUUAAAUGUAAAGUGGCUGGUUUGCCGUACCCGACCAUCGCCUGGUUCCAUAACGGCAAGAGGAUUGAGAGCACAGAAGACAGGAAAAUGACUCAGUUUCGUGAUGUCCACAGCCUGGUAAUCCGCUUGGUGUGCCACGCUCAUGCUGGGGUCUACAAGAGCGUAAUCUCUAAUAAAAUAGGAAAAGCCACCUGCUACGCACAUCUCUAUGUAACAGACAUCCUACCUGACCCUCCAGAUGGAACUCCAGAGAUAGAGUCCAUCACUGGUAAAGCCAUCACUUUAAGCUGGAAGAAACCAAGAAGGCUGGACCCUUCCAUUGAUCCCAGCUCCCUGAUGUUUGCCAUCCAACAGCAAGCCCUAGGCUCCAUCCAGUGGAUUAUUAUAGCCUCUGGCUUGAAGGAAACCACCUACACCAUCACAACUCUCUCUAAAGGAGUGCGCUAUGCUUUCAGAGUCCUGACCAUCACCUCCAAAGCCUUCAGCAAACCCUCACCAGCCACAGAUCCAGUGCAACUUCUAGACCGAGGUCCCUACCUUCAGGAAGCUCCAGUGAUUAUUGAUAAACCAGACAUUGUGUUUGUGAUUGAGAACCAGUCAGUCACCAUUUCAGUCACCCUUAAUCACGUCAAUGCUGCAGUCACCUGGAAGAGGAAGGGAGUGAUGUUGGCCAACAAGCCUGGCCUGUAUGAGAUGACUAUGCCAGAUGACAACCAGCACACCCUGAAGCUCUUCAAAGUGAAGGGCUCUGAUGUUGGGGAGAUGACCUUUUUGGCCUCCAACAAAUAUGGAAGCGACAGCUGCACCUUCGAUGUGGAGAUAGCAGCUCCACCCACAUUUGAGACCAUCAUGGAAGACUUGGACGUUGGUGCUGGGGAGACCCCUCGCUUUGCUGUAGUUGUUGAGGGCAAACCCAUUCCUGACAUCCUCUGGUUCAAGGGUGACAUCCUGUUGUCGGAGAGCAGUCAUUACACGUUUGUAUACGAUGAUAAUGAAUGUUCCCUGGUUGUCCUGAACGCUCACCCUGAGGACUCCGGGGUGUACACAUGCACCGCUCGGAACCUGGCGGGUUCUGUUUCCUGUAAAGCCGAGCUUACUGUUCACGAAGCUAAGAGUAAAGAGGAGCCGAUGGAUGACGAGCAGACUAUCAUGAGGAAAAUGCGCCGACUGACCGACUACUAUGACAUCCACAAAGAAAUUGGGAGGGGGACAUUUUCUUACAUAAAACGUGUGACACAGAAGGUGAAAAAAGUCGAAUAUGCAGCCAAAUUCAUCUCCACUCGGGCAAAGAGGAAGUUAUCUGCCCGUAGAGAGAUGAACCUUCUGUCCAGGCUGGACCACGAGAGAAUCCUUUACUUUCACGAUGCCUUUGAGAAGAAGAACACAGUCAUCAUCAUCACUGAACUAUGCCAGGAGGAGCUGUUGGACAGAUUUACAAGGAGAGCUACAGUAAUGGAGUCUGAUGUGCGUUCAUGUAUAAGACAGCUACUAGAGGGAGUGGACUACCUUCAUCAAACAGACAUCAUCCACCUGGACAUAAAGCCUGACAACAUCCUCAUGGCAGAUCCCCAAAGUGAUCAAAUAAGAAUUUGUGAUUUUGGAAACGCGGUGGAGUUCACGCCUGACGAGGCUCAGUACUGCAAAUAUGGCACACCAGAGUUUGUCGCACCUGAAAUAGUUAAUCAGACGCCUGUUUCAAAAGCAACAGACAUAUGGCCUGUAGGUGUGAUUGCAUACCUGUGUCUGACAGGAAUUUCUCCAUUUGCUGGGGAAAAUGAUCAGAGCUCACUGCUGAACAUCAGAAACUACAACGUGGCUUUUGAAGAGAGCAUGUUUGCUGACGUUUGCCGGGAGGCUAAAGGGUUCAUUAUAAAACUGCUGGUAACAGACAGACUGAGACCUGACUCUCGGGAAUGUCUCAGACAUCCUUGGUUUAAGGUGCUAAGCAAAGGAAAGUCUCUACCUACAGACGCCCUGAAGAAGUUUGUUUCUCGCAGAAAAUGGCAGCGUUCCAUAAUCAGCUACAAAUCAAAAAUGGUCAUGAGAUCAAUACCGGAGUUGCUGGAUGACUCCUCCAGUCACACUUCUAUCGCUGUUCCAAGGCACAUGAAAGAAGGUUCACCUUUGCCAUCAUCAUCCUCUGAUUCUGAUGAAGACAUUGAUGAACUGCCUUUUAUUCCUAUGCCACUUAAUAUGGACUUCUCUGGAUCAAGAAUGUCCCUGAAUGAAAUACAGACCAAUGAGCAGGAGGAAGGAAAGCAGAAUGAAAAGCAAAAAUGGUGUGGGUCACCUGUUGAAGCCCAGGAGGCAAUGGAGUGUGACCCUAAAGAACUUAAUAAGGAAGGAGGUGAAGGAGCAGGUAAAGGCCGGCUUCAGAAAAGGUCAUCGGAAGAUAACGACAAGGGUUUUUCAGAAGAAUCAUCUGCUGAAUUGCCCCAAAAGUCAGAGAUGUCAAGAAAACCACUUAAAAGGGGAUCAAGCAUGGAUUCAGACAGAGUAGAAGGGGGACGGCGUAGGGGAGAAUUAAGACGUGGCGGUUCAGCCGACAGCGCUUUGCUGCUUCGGAUCACACCUGAGGAAGGAACUGCAGAGGAAAACAAUGAGGAUGGUCGAAGGGUUCUGAAGAAAGCGGUCUCUAUGGAAUUACCUAGGAGGAGUACUAGCCCAGGAACUGCCAAGAUGAGUCAAGAAGAUUAUGGUCUUAAACUGGAGCUGAUGAGACAGCGACUGCUUCGCGGUGGUUCUGUAGACAACAAGAUGAGUGGACUGAGAGGACCGCUUUUAGAAACAUUAGGAAUGGGAGAUGAAAAACGAGCAAUACCCUCGGAUCGCUACUCUCGCACCACUCGUCUGGGCCCACCUCCACUCACAAGAGCUGCAUCCAGUGAUUUCCCGAGAGACGAAGUACCUAAACCUAAAGUUUUACGUAAAAGUACUUCUUUCAGUCAGGGAGAUUCAGAGCCAAUCACUUUACAUCGACGGUCAGGAGCACCGCUGGAGAUUCCUGUGGCAAAGAUUGAAGAAAGAAGACUCAAAGAGGCUAUAUCUAUGUCAGCUCUUGCAGAGCCAAACAAAUUAGAUUCCCGCCCUGAAACCCCCAGGGAACCUUCUCCAAAACCCCCGACUCCAGAAAGUGCUGUACAGGAAUGUGUAACCAAGACAGAGAGUCAGGAUUCACUAAUGGAAAAGGAGAUAAAACCGGAAGAGUCUGUAAACGAAAAGAUGGAAGUGUUGACUGCCGAUAGUAAUUUUGAUGAAAGAUCAAGCACAAGUGGAUUCUCAGAGAAGGACAUGAGUAUUUCAGAGGAACCAUUAACUGAAUUGGAUAAUGUGGGUCAGAGAAUUCCUACACCUUCUCAUUUGACCCAAAGAUCUAAUCAAGAGGAGAAAAUGGAAGAGGAGCAAGAAAGAGGACAUUUGCAAGAAGAAAGUGAUACGUUUAGAAAAGAAGAGGAACGUGUCAGUCAUGAAGUUGAACCAUAUGUUAGAGAAGACAUUGAAAAACAUGCAGAAGAGAAAACAAGUUUCCCCAUCAAGCCAUCUGAGAUGACCAUAACCACAAGUUCAGUUAUGGUGAAGCCAUCACAAGACCAUCUCUCACCCUCUGGUAAUGUUGCUUCACCUCCUGCUCGAGUUGUUCUUCCAGAUGGAAGAAUGUCUGCAUAUGCCAGUAUAAUGCAGACCAUCAUGGUCCCUUCAGUCCAGCCUGGAAGUGAACAACCCAUUGGUCCCUCCACACCCAUAGUGGUAGCAGUUACAUCUCCUUCAAUGAGCACACCAUCUGAUUCACCAAGUUCAUCAAAGCCUGAUGCGCCAACCACGGAGCACCCUGCUGUUUACUCCAGAGUAGCAUCACCAGAAAUGGUGAUUAAAGAACCCAGUCCACCAAAGACAUUUACUCCGUCCUCAUCCCAACAAGAGGUAUCUGCAGGACCCGACUUAGAAGAUAUCUCUUCUGAAGAAGUAUUUGAGUCCCGCUUCAAAAAGCGUGAAUCUUCCCUAACAAGAGGUCUGAAAUUUCUGUCAUGGUCGAAGACUGAUGACAGAUCACAAGCUUCUUUAUCAAGCUCUAUGGAGAAAUUGGAAGAAAUAUACAGGCCUGGGCCAAUUGGUGCUCCAUUGGAACUAGCAUCAAAAAGGCUUGAGGAAAAGUCCAAGUCAGUCCAAGACCUCCGUGAAGCUCAAAAAGAUCAAGGCUUCAUGAGAAGGCUUUCCAUGAGGUUAAAGAGAGCACCAUCAACAGAGCGAAAGGAUGAAAUACCAAAAGAAGGGGACUCAGCUGGUAGACGUAGACUCUCUUGGACUCUUGGCAGAAGAGGUUCCCAGGAAAAUAAAGAUGUGGAGAUGAGAGUGGCUGGAGAAGGUGACAGGAUGGCGGAAUCAGAUGAAAAGGAGCUAAAGAAAUUGAAUGAAUCACCUGUACUGGCAAUGCGAAGGAAGAUUGAAUCAACUGUGGCUGGGAUAUCCACAAGAAUCCGUAGUUACUCAGAGGAGAGGAGAACAUCAGAAGAGAAGGAACAAAAAAGAACACCCAUUCUCUCACUGCUUCGUCGUUCAACAUCAGAGACAAGACCCACAAGGAUUCCCAAUAUUCCCCAGAACCAGCUGGCAUCUCAGGCCAGUAAUGGGGCCUCAUCGGAAUCUCUAGACUCAAUGUCAAGUCUAAAAUCAGACACAUCAAAGGGAGUGGAGGUUGAACGUAGAUCUCGUUGGGAUCGAUGGGGCCUUACAAGAGGGAAACGAGAUAAGACGGUAUCACAACCUGACUUACCAACAGCAAUCUCAAGAGAUAAUAGUUCCUCACGCUCACGCCAGUACUGCAUAUUGGCUUCAGAUUUUCCUCCAGUAUUUCAUAUCAAGUUAAGAGAUCACGUUCUUCUGGAGGGUGAUCCUGUCACACUUAGCUGUCUGCCUGCAGGAAGUCCCCAUCCACACAUCAACUGGGUGAAAGACAAGAAGCCCCUGGAGAUUGAUGCCAGAAUGAAUAUGAUUUCCUGUCCUGACGGCCGGCAGCUGUUGAUGAUAAUGCACACCACUAAGAAAGAUGCUGGGGUCUACGAAUGUGUAGCAACAAAUCCACUGGCCUCUGUGUCCAGCUCUUGCACAAUAUCACUCGCCCGCCUGCCCAAUCGUCCCGGUACCCCAGAGAUUCCUAAGAAAUACAAUACCACAGCUUUGGUGGUGUGGAGGCCCUCAGAUACCUUGGCCCCUUGUACAUACUCAUUGGAGAGAAAAGCAGAAGGUGAAAGUAACUGGCUAAUUGUAGCCACUGGAGUUGCAGAUUGCUACUACAAUGUCGCUGACUUACCAGCAGGGGGAGCCUUCAGGUUCAGAGUGGCCUGUGUCAACAAAGCAGGCCAGGGUCCCUACAGCAACCUGUCAGAGGUUGUAAAACUUGAUUCCACGGAACCAGUUAAAUCCAGUGCUGCUGUGGUGGUCAAGACUGUUUCCUCUCCUCCUCCACCUGUAGUUUUGAUGUCAUCCAUGAAAGUGCCCCCCAUCAAACCAGUUGCUAGCAAAUCUAUAACAAUUACCCAACCUGCCCCUCCAUCAAUUUCAGUUCCUGCUGCCAGUGUGGCUAAAUCUUCCUCUCCAUUAACCAUUAAGCCACUCAGUGCCAGCCAUCCUGCAGUAGCUGUGUCCAUUACCCCGACCUCCACUGAACAACCUCCUGUCCAGACAACUAGUGCUACCUCUGUCACUACAUCAAAAGCAAAGACCACAAUUAACAUCAGUAUGAGCAAACCUCAAACAAAGUUGGCACCCCCGCCUGUUGUGCCACCCAAACUGCAGAGUCCUGUGCAUACAUUCCCAUCCAUGACAAACAAGCCCCCAUCUCCGGUAUCCACAUCUGCUUCAGUCAUUGGAAAACCUAUUUCCUCAGUGCCAAUGUAUGUUCCAACUCCGACGGCUCAAGCUACCCCACCUUCUCAAGUUGCUUCAGCUCCAGCUGCCACAACACCCUCAGUGACCCUUUCUCCCCCCGUCGUUGUGGUGCAGAGCUUGACCCCGGUUCUACAGGGAGGAGACAGCCGCAGUACUCCAUCUGGACGAGUCACCCCAUCUGGACGACUCACGCCUUCAGGACGCAGGACACCACUGGGAAAGCCUGGGGAGGGAUCACUGCGGCAAGGAGUUCCACAGAAACCUUACACUUUUAUGGAUGAGAAAGCUAGGGGUCGGUUUGGUGUGAUCCGAGAGUGCCGUGAGAAUUCCACAGGCAACCUCUUCAUGGCUAAGAUUGUUCCAUAUGAGGCAGACAACAAGCAGUUGGUGCUUCAGGAGUAUGACAUCCUUAAGUCUCUCCAUCAUGACAGGAUCAUGGCUCUACAUGAGGCCUACGUCACACCACGCUACUUGGUGCUCAUCUCUGAGUACUGCAGUGGGAAGGAGCUGCUCCAUAGCCUCAUAGAGAGGUUCCGUUACUCCGAGGAUGACGUGGUGACUUAUAUCGUGCAGAUACUCCAGGGUCUGGACUACCUCCAUGCUCGCCGCAUCCUGCACCUGGACAUCAAGCCAGAAAAUGUCAUCGUAACCCACAUGAACCUCAUCAAGAUAAUUGACUUAGGAAGCGCUCAGACAUACAACCCUCUUUUCCUCAAGCAGUUCAGCCCCCCUAUUGGAACACUGGAGUACAUGUCUCCAGAGAUGUUGAAAGGGGAUGUUGUAGGUCCUCCAGCUGAUAUCUGGAGUGUGGGUGUUCUGACUUUCGUCACGCUCAGUGGCAGAUCACCUUUCAUGGAAAAUGAUCCUGAGGAGACUGAAUCCAGGAUACUGGCAGCAAAGUUUGACCUCUCUAAACUUUACCAGAAUGUGUCCCAAAGUGCCUCGUUAUUCUUGAAAAAAAUCCUCUGCAGCUACCCUUGGGCUCGUCCCUCCAUCAAGGACUGUUUCAGCAAUGCCUGGCUACAGGAUGCAUACCUGAUGCGCCUUCGUAGGCAGACUCUUACCUUUACAACCACCCGUCUCAAGGAAUUCUUGGCCGACCAGCAGCGCAGGCGAGAGGAGGGGGCCACCAAGCACAAAGUCAUACUUCGAUCCUACCAGAGUUCACCACAGACUCCUACCAGUCCCACCACACCAACUGUGCCAAUGUCACCUUCCACACCUGUGAGCCAGUGAAGACAUUCUUCCAGAAGUCAGUUGGCAGGACUAUGGGUGAGGCAGGGGGACAUGCUCGGAGAAAGAGAAGAUUUUUGACACGAUGAUGGUCAGUUGUAGAACUUUGUCAAAUGAACUCUACUCACAAAACCAGCAGUGACUGUAAUCAGCAGGAGCUUCAUUUAUUUAGUUCCAACUAAAGUCUAAGAUAUUACCUUCAGACAUAAAGGGACUUUUGAGAAGGGCACGGUUUCGUUUUCUAAACUACGAACUCUCUGGGAGAAUUUUGUCUUCAAGUUUGUACCUCAAUGUUUGCAACCCUGCCUUUAUUUUGGAUUAUCAAUUAUCUCUUUUCGCACAAAAAAAGAACAUUAUAGUUUCCCGCUAUAUUAAAUUGAUGUAUUGUGUCAUGUAAAUAACACGGUUAGUGGGUGAACUCACCACAAUCCCAGACUGUAGCAGUCCUAGGAAGGAUUUUGUUUCACUUUUGAUUUUAAAAGUUAUAAAAUGGCUUGUUUAUAAGGGCUUCUACAAGACAGCAAUGCAAAUUUAGACAUUAAAUGAAACAGUAAUUAUUGUUCAAUUCCCAGAGCAGAAGCAUUUUAAAAACAAGGUUAGCUCAUUUCAUCAAUUCAUUUGGGUCUCUAGUAGAAAUGAAUGCCUUGUAAGUUGUACUCGGGGUGGGGGAUCUCAGACGCACCUGUUUCAGGUGCUACAAGUCAGCUGGAGGAGAAAGUGGCUUCAGAGGGCAGGACAUGGUGUUUUAUUUCCUGAUAUUUGCUCUGCAGCGUUAAUGAUUUAUCUCCACAAGUAACUCAAUUCUGGAGGAGCUCUGUCAUGUGGUGGAGUUGCUAAAGCUAACAGUUCUACUGCUGUUUGCUGGACGCUAAACCAACAACAGCCUUCUCUGUCACAAGUCAAGAUGGGCCAGUCCAUGAACGUCGAGUGACAGUGUGACAUAGCUCUGUCAGGAUUUUCUAAUCCUAGAGCUUCAUCGUCUAUUAUAUAUUGGCGGCUAAUGCAGGAGAUAGGUGUUGGAGACCAUUUUCAUGCUGAGCCUGCAUGAAAAACUCUGUUUACAAUUAUAAUUAGAAAUAAUAAUUGGAAAAUGUUUUUUAGUGUUCCACACCUUGAAGCUAUGUGAUUAGAUCCCCAUCUUUGAGCUUCCAUAAAACUUUUCCUUCCAAUCGUAAUCAUAAGGGCUCUCAGAUUCUGAAUCCUCCAGUAGAAAUCCGAUAGCAAGCAGCAAAGCUCUUCCACUCUUAUCAAUGUGAGAUAAAGCCGCACAGACGUUUUAACUCUUUCAGAGAAAGAGAUUUAUGAUUUCAGGCAUGCAUAAAUGGGGUUUUAUUAAAUGCAAUGAGUUAAAUUAUUCAGGCAUUUAGUAAAUGGCUUUAUAAAUCCGCUGGUGACACCGAGGGCACCAAUAAGUGCCCUUAAGGAGCCAUAAAAAAGGAAAGUCUAGAAUGAAUGGUGUUGAGUGUAUUAGUUCCUAAUUUUGCUGUUAUUUUCAACUGAAGUUGGUUUUUAUAUAUUUUUUGUAAAGACUUUAAAUUUGUUUAGCAAGGAUGUUUUUAUGUUGACUGAGUUAAAGGGUUAUGGCUGCACGCUGUAACAACCGAACCACAAGUAGGAAGAUUAAAGAGAGAAAACACUACUAAUUAAUGCUUACAUCAAUAAAAAUAAAAUAAAAAAAAUGGAAAGCAUGCCUUCUUCAACAACACUCAAAUUUACCAGGACAUUUACUCCCAACAUCUAAUUGAUCCCAGUUACUCCUUUAUAUUUUCAUGUGGUUUAGAAAUGGCCAAGUUACUUUAUUAUAUUCUGCCAUGGUUACUCAUCAGAGCAGCAUGUGAGAUGUCAGAUAUUUGAUGUUGCCUUCAGAUGCAUUGAUAACGAGCACAUAUUUGCACAUUUUAAAUAAUUUAUUUAAGAAAGAAAACAACCAGUUUAAAAAAUCAAAUGUAUCAUUCUGUUAUGUUGUUUUAUUUCAUGCAAAAACUGCAUCUUACCUUAAAUUAUGACUUGUUUUAUUAUGUGUAUUGGUCGACAAAGAUUGAUGGUUUAUCUGCUAAAACAUCACUCUCUCUAUUUAUUAAAACUAAUAUUAUUAUCUUGCUUUUGCUAGAGUAAUAUUGCCCUUUAUCUCCUGCUCUUUUUAUUUUCGACCAGUCCUAUGCAGACUAACUUGUUACAGUAAGAGUGAAAUUCAACCUGAUUGGAAACAUGCAGAAUAAGCAUGCAAAGUUGCAUUAAAUCCUAAAUGUAUGUGCAGAACAUGAGCUGUAUUCUUCACUGAUACAAAAUGUCCUGACAGAUAUUGGUAAACAGGGUUCAUCCACAUUUUGUAUUAAAAUCAGACGUUUUGUGAAUGUAUUGCAGUGCCUCAUGGUGGUAAUUUGUGAGAAAAAAAUGUGUUAAAUGAUCGACAGCUUUGUGUGCGCAUGUUUUUGCUAAAAUUGUUCAUUUAUUGAGUGACUGUGUUUGUUACAGCUUUGGCUUUUCUUUGUGAAAUUGCUGAGUCUGGCAUGGAAAUGGCAUGACAGAUGCUGAAGUUAUGAAAAAUAAAGCAAACAUGACAAAAUGUG